CCGUGUGGGUGGGCGGUUGGUGCAGUGCGCGAGGAGUCGGUGUUUGUCUGUCGGUAACAGCUCGUGCGGCCAGCCGGUGGGACAAGGGAGACAAACAGAUCUCCACCAGGGCUUUUUUUGGAUGUGUUUGUCUGUCCACUCUUCCCUUGAAGUUGGAGGUUAUAAUUAAAGCAGUGAUGGUAUAAAUCGAACUGGGUCUUUUGCACAAGUUGGAGAUGGGAGCAAACAGCAGCAGCAUUGCUGAGCUUGCAAAUAACAGCUACCUUCAACGUCUUGCUGGCACAGAAACCAUAUCAGAGAAUGAUCCGUUCUGGAAUCAACUUCUAUCGUUUUCCUUCACCACAUCUACCAAUGGUCCUGAUACACAGCUCUUGGAAGAGGCAACACUUUCGAUUUCCAAAUCAUUAAUUGAGAACAAUCCUCGGACAGAAAACUUUCAAGCUCUUGUUAAGGUUUUUCUCAGUCGAACUAAUGAAUUGAAGGUCUCAGCUGAAUGUCAAGACCAGCUCUUUAUUUGGCAGGCCCACAAUGCCCUGUUCAUCAUUCGCUGUUUAUUGAAAGUGUUUGUCAGCCAAAUAUCCGAAGAGGAACUACAGCUUCAUUUUACUUAUCAAGAGAGACCACCAUUAUCUUAUGGGGCUGAGGCAGAAGAUCUCCUGGAAGAAUUAAUUUGUACUCUAGUACAUCUCAUUAUUGAAUUACCUUUAUUAGAUAUUACAUAUAGCAUUCUUCUUGAAUCUGUGACUACACUUUUAGUUCUACUGUCUUACCAGCUAUUCCAGAAGGAAAUCAUUCGAGAGAGUUUAAUAUACAAAUGUUUGAUGGAAGGACAAUGCCUUCAAUAUACUAGCAGAGUUGUAAAAACAUUGCUUUACAACUUCAUACGGCAAGAGAAGUGCCCAUCUCCAAGGACUCAGAUUUUUGAACAGACAUCAGAAGGAAGUGGUUUGCUAUAUGGAUUAGCUUCUGGUGUGGCAUCUGGCCUCUGGACAGUACUUACCUUGGGAGGAGUUGGGAAUAAGACAAGCCAGCAAGGGGAUCUGUCAUCUCCACUGGCUAAUCGAAGUCUUCUGCUUCUGCUUGUUUUAUCUAAUUUGAGCAACAGACCAGAAAAACCAAAUCCAUAUCGACAGUCGAUAAUGUCUUUCAGAAAUACGCAAGAUAAUACUGCCAUUCAAUCACCAAACUCCUACUGCUUCCAGAUAAAUUUCAACAGUUUGUAUACAGCACUGUACGAGCAGCAGAAAUCUGAUCAGGCCACUCUUCUGCUGUAUACUUUGUUGCAUCAGAACCCGAACGUGAGAACAUAUGUCUUGGCCCGUACUGACGUAGAGAAUUUGGUUCUUCCAAUUCUUGAGACUUUGUAUUGUGUUGAAGAACGUAAUUCUCACCAUGUGUACAUGGCACUCAUUAUUCUUCUAAUCCUCACUGAGGAAGAUUCAUUCAACCGUUCUGUGCACGAAGUGGUACUAAAGAAUAUUACUUGGUAUGCUGAGCGUGUCCUGACAGAAAUCUCAUUAGGAAGUCUUCUAGUUCUUGUGGUGAUACGAACCGUGCAGUACAAUAUGACCAGAACCAGGGACAAAUAUCUACAUACGAAUUGUUUGGCAGCAUUAGCUAAUAUGUCUGCUCAGUUUCGGUCAUUACAUCAGUAUGCAGCUCAGAGAAUUAUCAGUUUGUUUGCUCUGCUAUCAAAAAAGCACAAUAAGGUUCUGGAACAAGCCACGCAGUCACUGAGGGGUCCCGUUGGUGCAGAAGAAAAUUCACCAGUGCCCGAUUAUGCUCAAGACCUCAAUGUAAUUGAAGAGGUGAUCCGAAUGAUGCUGGAGAUCAUAAAUUCUUGCCUUUCCACUUCGCUUCACCACAACCCCAAUCUUGUGUAUGCGCUCCUAUACAAACGAGAACUUUUCGAACAAUUCCGCACACACCCCUCCUUCCAGGACGUGAUGCAGAAUCUUGACAUGGUGAUCAGCUUCUUCAGUUAUCGGCUGGAACAGGCUGGUGCAGACCUGUCAGUGGAACGAGUUCUGGAGGUCAUCAAACAGGGAGCCGUGGCACUGCCCAAAGAUAAACUGAAGAAAUUCCCAGAACUGAAGUUCAAGUAUGUUGAAGAGGAGCAACCAGAGGAGUUUUUUGUUCCGUAUAUUUGGUCCUUGGCUUAUAAUACAACGGCGGAACUAUAUUGGAAUCCACAGCAAGUUCAGCUGUUUACAAUGGACUCUGGCUGAGCACCUGUGUUUUGUGAUGAUUGUUUGGGGGGGUGGGAAUGGGCAAAUGUUAAAAUAACAGUUUCAUGAGGAGAAUAAGAAGCUUUCAUCCAAUUUUUGUGUGGUUUACAUCCACAUUAAGGAGUAAUUUCUUUGGACAGGGUGAAUGGAAUUCAGGGAUGUCAUGUAAAUUGUAAGUCUUCACAAACAGACCAAACACAGUUACAAGGGAAUAAUUAUAUUUGACUAAUUUUUCACCAAAUAUCCUUCAUUAGUCUGACUAUGAAAUAAAUUACUUUGCCCACUUUUGGCUGUGCCUAACGGGCCCUUAUGCAGAUAGUACAGUAAACAUUGGUGGAAUCCAGCAUUAAAGAAAGAAAUGUCCCAUAAAAUAGAGUACCCACGUUUCUUAAGUAUAUUCAGAAUACUAAUAUCAUUUAUUGGCUAUAUAAUGUUUAAUUAAAAUGUUUUAGAAUUGCUGUCAUUCCUGAUCCAGAAACAUUUCUUGUAAAUAACAGCCAAGACAGAGGUCCUGUUAUUUCUUUGUUUUAGUUAGUGUACAAGCUUGAAGAAAUUCAGAUAUGUAUUUAAUGCCAAUGGUGCAGGCUGUGGACAAAUGAUUUCCAAUUGAGUUAUUGUUCAACUCUUCUGACUUCCUAACCAGUGAUGGUACCAUCAAUGAACACUUUACUUUUUAAAAUACAUUUAUUGCAUUUUGAAAUGCCGUAUUUAUUAUGUGCACAAUCAUGAACAAGAGACAAAACUAAGUUGAUAUAAUUCAAUAAGUGUAUCCUAGUCAGAUUUCAGAAAUGUAUACUUUAAUAGACGAAUUUAGCUUAAAAUAAAUGCUUGAUCUCGCUUGUUGAUUUAGUGGAUAUAUACUCCUCACUGGACUUUUGUGCAGAGUUACAUAUAUUAGGAUAACAGUUUAGCAUUUGCUCCUGGAAUUGAUUCCAGCUGACUUGGAGAUGAGGGUCAGGGUCUACGUUAUUUGCCACAGUAUUUGAUAGCGUAGGAAACAGAAAUGACAGUUUGUGUUACCACAUUGCCAAGUGAUAAAGACAAGCAUUCCAUUUUUUACAUUCAGCUGCAGCAUAUAACAUUUAGAUACAGAAGAAUGUUUUUCUGUAGCCUUUUAAUUUAAUUGCAGAAAUUAUAAAGUGAACAUUUUGGCUGCUUUAACUGAGUCAUUAGACUGAAGUCCUAUCUGCCUGGUAAAGAAGAUCACAUUACACUAUUUGCAGAAUAAGGGGAAGUUCUUCCACUGUUCAGACCAAUAAAUCAACACCCAUUGGCCUUGCAUUUUCCAAAACCCACAAUCCUGUCUCCGUCCAGGAAGUAUACACAUGCACUGUUUUCAUGUCAGGGAAGCGGGCAUGAACUGCAGACAAUCCGAGUUAGCUACAUAAGCAGAUCAAAUGAUAUAGGAGCAAACUUAGGCCAUUUGGCCCAUCAAGUCUAGUAACCAUUCAAUCAUACGUUUCUCAACCCCAUUCUCCUACCCUCUCCCUAUAAUCCUUGAUUUCCUUACUAAUUAAGAAACUAUCUAUCUCUGUCUUAAAUGCACUCAGUGACUUGGCCUCCACCAUCCUCUGCUGCAAUGAGUUCCACAGAUUCACCACCCUGUGGUGAAAUUCCUCCUCCUCUCUGUUCUAAAAAGUCAUCCCUUCACUCUGAGGCUGUGUCCUCAGGUCUUCACAUCCACACUAGCCAGGCCUCUUAGUAUUCUGAGCUGAAAAAUG